AUGGGUGCCGCGGGCCCCGCGUGCACGGCGCGCGAGCCGCCGCUGUCACGCGAGCCGGUGCUGCGCUCCGUGCUGCGGCACGUGCGGCUGGAGAACCUGGCGGCGGGAAUGAGCGGCGGUGUCCUGUCCACGCUGGCGCUGCACCCGCUGGACCUCGUCAAGAUCCGCUUCGCAGUAAGUGAUGGAUUGGAGCUGAGGCCAAAGUACAAUGGAAUUCUUCACUGUAUGAGCACAGUCUGGAAGCACGAGGGGCUUCGAGGCUUGUACCAAGGGGUGACUCCAAACAUGGUGGGAGCAGGAGCCUCCUGGGGACUUUACUUCUUCUUUUACAAUGCCAUCAAAGCUUACAAGAAGGAAGGGAAGGUGGAAAGUCUCAGUGCGAGCGAACACCUAGUGUCAGCUGCGGAGGCUGGAGCCAUGACCCUGUGCAUUACAAACCCAAUCUGGGUAACCAAGACUCGACUUGUGCUACAAUAUAACGCUGGCGUGGAUCCGUCCAAGCGGCAGUACAGAGGAAUGUUUGAUGCUCUCAUAAAGAUAUACAAGACAGAGGGCAUCCGUGGCUUAUAUAAGGGAUUUGUGCCUGGUCUGUUUGGAACAUCACAUGGAGCACUUCAGUUCAUGGCCUAUGAGGAUUUGAAAGAGAGAUACAACAAGUAUAGAAACAGAGUAUCAGAUACAAAACUGAACACUGUGGAAUACAUAAUGAUGGCAGCUGUAUCCAAAAUAUUUGCUGUGGUAGCAACAUAUCCCUAUCAAGUCGUGCGGGCUCGUCUUCAAGACCAGCAUAACACCUACUCUGGGGUGUUUGAUGUGAUCCACAGGACCUGGAGGAAAGAAGGUGUUCAUGGAUUUUACAAAGGAAUUAUACCUAAUGUAAUCAGAGUGACUCCUGCCUGCUGUAUUACCUUUGUAGUUUAUGAAAAUGUGUCUGGCUUUUUACUUGGUUUUAGGAAAGAAAAUAAUUAAAGGUAUGGACUUUGUUCCUAGGAAGGAAUCUAUCCUUUAUUUUUUAUAUUCAUGAUCUGGGAGAAAUUUACUUCAGCAGUCUUCUUUGACACCGUGAAUUGAUCUGGUAUUUUAAGGAAAAAAUGUAGAGACAAUAAACCCUGCCAACAUCUCUCCUGUUGAACAUUCCUGCAUUGCUGCCUUCCUCUCUGAAUCAGCUGUGUCUGCUUGAAGCAGAUGUCUGCAACCCUGAAAUAAGAGUGCUGUGACUGGGUGAAGGCAGCUGCACUGCAAUUCCAUUCAUCCUGGCCUGCCUGGAAUAACUCACUAAGCAGUUUCAGCAAGUCUCAAGAUAACAUUUGGUGGGAUUCUGCUCCUGCACAAGUGGAAAACUUCAUGAAAGCAACCCUGGGGCCUGUCAAAACUUUCUUAAAUCUCUGAGUCUCAUUAAAACAAGGAAUGUCAU